AUAAAAAUUAUUAUAUAUACUAACUGUUUGAUAAUUGUUUAAAAAAAAUUUUCUAUCAAAAUAAUAUAUACAAUCAACAAAUUUGUGAGAUAUAUAACUAUUGUAUAACGUCUCAUUCUUUAUUGUGAUAUUAAACACACAUUAUUAAAUGCUUUAUGAAAAUAAAAUAUGUAACUUAUAGUUAUAACUGCAUACUUGAUGAGUAUAUUAUCAAGAAAAUUUAAUUUGUCACAAUAGCAGAUACGAUAAAUUUAAUUCAUAUUUCUAUAACUCCAGUCAUCGUUUCUAUGAUUACAUAUCACUUAAAAAGAAAAAAAUUUAAAUGCUGCUAGAUAAGACAAAAUGCUGAAAUAAUAUUUUAAAUGCAUGUAUAUAUAAUACGCAAGUUGGUUAUUUUAUGAUUUAAACAGUUUGCAUUUAAAUAACACAUAAUCAGCAAAUUUUAAGACAAAAAUAUAACGAAGUAAAUUUAAAAACUGAUAUAUAUCUCACAGUACCCAUUCCAGCAAUUGUUUUUAAAACGUCAACCAAUUUUAAACCAAUCGCAGUGUCAAAAGAAAUGCUAAUUCAUCAUUUUGAAAUUCUACUGUAAGAUUGUAUAAGAGUAUGUGUGAUCACCACAGUCAUUCGAUCAAAAGCGUUAUAAGCAACAUGACAUCACAAAGUAUUAACAACGAAGAAUUUUUACAAAUUCUAAAUAAUAUGAAAAGUGAACCGCUGUCUCCACUACUUGGCGAAGAAGAAUUCACAGAUAUAAUAAACGAGAUGAAAAUUGAACCACUUUCGCAAACAAUGUCUCAAGAAUUAUUACCAGAUUUUUGGAAUAUGGAUGAUUAUUAUUUAAAUAUAGUUAAUGAAAUAGAAAAUCCUGCAUCAUAUUCGAUGAUCGAUGCGGGCCAACAUCAAACUUGGUUAAAUGAAACGAAUCAGUUAAAUAAUGAAUCAGUUAAUGGAAAUUGUCUUCAUCUCGGAGCACAUCCAUGGUUGAAUUUUGAUACGGAAGAAGAUUUAUUGGACCUAAUAACACAGGGAACGUGGGUUGAUGAUGUAAAGACAUCAGAUUACCAAGAAAUGAUAAAAGACGUUAGGAGUUGGAAUAAUGAAUUUGACGAUGAAGAAUGUUUUUAUAAUGAUUUAUAUAAACAAUUAGAAUACUUACGAGUAUUUAUAUUCUACGCGGAUAUAAAAAGUAAGUAAAAUCUAUAUAUUUUCAUUAUAAAUAAGAUUUAAUAUGUUUUCCAUAGGUUAACGAAGAAAAAUAUAAAAAAAUAAUCGUAAGUAACCAUGGAAUAAAUUAAUUUUAUUAUAAUUAUUAACCAUUAUUACUCUGAAUAGGUAGGUUAAUAACAUACAUCUGAAAUAGCAAAACACCCCUCAUCUGUAUUAUGAAAGUAAAAAAGUAUUCUCCAUGUCAAUGAAAUGUAAGUAAUUAUAGUAUCUACAUAUUUUCAUUAUCAAUAACAUUUAAUAAUUCAUUAUAGACUAUCACAGAAUAUUCGAGUAGAUUGAUAUUACAAAUAUAAAACAGUAUAACAUAGUAGACUCCACCUCGAAUUAAUUAUUAUACAUCAAUUUAAUCAUAAGUAUAAUACUAUUAUUAUUAUUAUUAUCCUACACUUAAUUAAACAUGUUAAAAAAUAAUAUUAUUAUUUAAUUUUAUUUAAACUAUUAUUGAUUUUUUUAGAAUACAAGUCUGUAAUGAUUCUUAUUUUUGAGUGUACAUUAAAUGAAGAGACUCCAAAGACUGUAGAAAAGAAACUCAAUACAAAAACACAAAAAUCAUCAUCACCACAAACAAUCUAGUUAAUAAGUAGAUAAUAAGUUUAGAUACUAAGUUUAGUUUUAUUUUAAAUCAAAUAUUUAUUUAAAUCAAUACAAAGAUAGAUUAUACAAGCA